AUAAAGACGCGUCCAAAGCAAAACUGCAAAAGCAGAGGCGGGUCCGGGACGGUCGGCCCGCGGGCUCCAUCCAUUGAUGCCGCUCCUCCCCACGGCUCCUUCCUGCAGCCUCCUCCUUCCUCCCUCGCCACUCUCCCCUCCACCGCUGCCUGGUGUGUAGCGUAGCGUAGAGGCGCGGCGCGGCGCGGCUGACUGGUUGGUUCCAGUUGUUCUAGACAACGCUGGCUUAACCGCGCGAGGCCCGAGGAAAGUUAGCUUGUUUCUUGCAGCUGAAUGCGGGAAGCAAGCAACUGCAUUUUACUAACCUCACCACACCAGACCCACCACUGACUUCCCGGCCUCCGGCUCUGGAGCAGAGCAGGUGGCAGCACUAGCACGGCCACGUGCGGCAUGAAGGGGCACCAGCACCAGCAGCAGUCGUCGUCUCCGCUGCUGCCGAUGCCGCCGCCCAGCAAGCGCCGCUGUAGCGCGCUGGCGGCGGCCGUGCCGGCGCUCGUCGUCUGCUCCACGCUGCUCCCGCUCGUCUACCUCCUCGCCCUGCACCGCCCCGCCGGGUAUGGAUCGGACGACCGCGCCGCGGUGGUCAUCAGCACCGAGCUCGCCGGCCUCGGGGCGCGUGGCAGCCGGCAUCUGGAGAACGGGGGCGCCAUGAAGCACAAGCUGCUCAAGGAUGUUUCCAAAAAGGUGUCUGGAUCUGAUGGGGUUUCCGCUGAGAGAUCUACUAGAUCGAGGUUUAGCCAGGAUCAUGCUGCCAAAUCAAAAGCAAAGCUCAAGGGCGCUUUCUCUUUACUUGGACUGAACAAUGAUACCUUCAAAGGUAAAGGACCUCGUACCUCCAAAAGGUUUCAGUUGAAGGACCUGUCCUGGAGAUCAAAGGAUACUACUGUCAAUGGGAAAGAGAACCAUGAUCAAGAGACAGUGCAUGAGGAGAAUACCAAGUCCUGUGAACAUGAAUAUGGGAGUUACUGCCUCUGGUCUACUGAACACAGGGAAGUAAUGAAGGAUGCCAUUGUCAAGAAGCUUAAAGAUCAACUUUUUAUGGCAAGAGCUCAUUAUCCUAGCAUUGCAAAAUUGAAGCAACAUGAAGCAUUUACACGUGAACUGAAGCAAAACAUCCAAGAACAUGAACGCAUGCUGAGUGACACCAUCACAGAUGCUGAUCUUCCACCAUUUUUUGCAAAGAAGCUGGAGAAGAUGGAGCACACAAUUGUGAGAGCCAAGUCUAGUGAAGUAGGAUGCUCCAAUGUUGAACGGAAACUUAGGCAGCUACUUGAUAUAACUGAAGAUGAAGCUUAUUUCCAUACAAGGCAGAGUGCAUUUCUAUAUCAUCUUGGAGUGCAGACUAUGCCGAAAACUCACCAUUGCUUGAACAUGAGAUUGACAGUAGAAUAUUUCAAGUCUGGAUCAAAUCAUGUGGAUCAGUUAAAUGACCAGAAGCUUGAAAGUCCUGCCUUACAUCACUAUGUAAUGUUUUCCAGGAAUGUACUUGCAGCUUCCACCACUAUCAAUUCAACGGUUAUGAACUCCCAGGAUUCGGACCACAUCGUUUUCCAUGUAUUCACUGAUGCACAAAACUUUUAUGCGAUGAAGUAUUGGUUCGAUAAAAAUUCAUACUUGGAGUCGACUGUACGCGUAACUAACAUUGAGGACAACCAGAAGCUCUCUAAGGAUGUAGAUUCCCUUGAGAUGCAACAAUUAUGGCCUACAGAGGAAUAUCGUGUCACGAUUCGUAAUCAUUCUGAACCUUUCCAGAGGCAGAUGAAAACUAAGUACAUAUCUAUCUUCGGCCUUUCACAUUUCCUCUUGCCUGACCUUCUUCCUGGCUUGAAUAGAGUAGUUGUUCUGGAUGAUGAUUUGAUUGUCCAGAAGGACUUGUCACCUCUAUGGAACCUCGAUAUGGGUGGUAAAGUGAUUGGAGCAGUCCAGUUCUGUGGAGUGAGAUUAGGGCAGCUGAAACCUUAUAUAGCAGACCAUAACGUCGAUGAUGAUUCAUGUGUGUGGUUGUCGGGCCUGAAUGUCAUUGAAUUGGAUAAAUGGAGGGACACCGGCAUUACCAGUUUGCAUGAUCAAUCAGUCCAGAAGUUGCGAAAGGACAGCCUGAAAUCACAGCGACUGCAAGCACUCCCUGCAGGUCUACUUGCCUUUCAAGACCUGAUAUAUCCUUUGGAAGAUUCAUGGGUUGAGUCAGGCCUUGGACAUGAUUAUGGAAUCAGCCAUGUCGAUAUAGAGAAGGCUGCUACUCUGCACUACAAUGGUGUGAUGAAACCUUGGCUUGACUUGGGGAUACUUGAUUACAAGAACUACUGGAGGAAGUACAUGACCAGUGGAGAGAAGUUCAUGACGGAAUGCAACAUUCACUAAUUAACAGGGCAUGAAAUGCACCAAACACUCAUUUUUUCGGGCAUUUGGACAACAGACUUCAUGGGCUUUGUUCAUCAUGAAAAUAAACAGAAUCACGCCUGACCUGCAACAUCCAUGAUGACACAAAUUCACCCCUGACGUGACGAGGGAGUGCUCAGUCCAAUUCCAAGAGGAGAAUAAGAUGAAAUGCUUUCUGCGGAACGUUGCCAUAACAGCAUCCACGAUGUCUGAAGGACGCUAGCACGAAACCUGAGUUAUGUUGCAGAGUACCAAGAUAUAACGUAGAAUAUUUCACACUGUUCAUUAUGGUUUGAUGAGUUUUUUUCCCUAUAUUCAGCUUGGCAUUGCAAAAGUGCAGUUCCUUGCUGUUCAUUUUUAGUAUAAGAUCUUUGGUGCUAUUCUUUUUGCUCAUUGUGCAAGAGCAAUACUGAGGGAGUUCAAUGUUGACGGCGGCACAUCGUGUAUAGGAAACAGCAAACCAUGACUGAAUUAGCGAGUAUUUCCUUGUACUCUUUGCAGCAAGUCGUGUGUUUGUUAUCGUCAGAUGUUGAUGUCCCAUUGACGACAUACCAAAUGGUGGUUUGUUCCGCUCAAUGGCAGUCUCUCUCAAUCUAUCUGAUUUGUUGGGAUC